AUGCAGUAUAACUUACACGUGCGCAGGCGCAAGGUGGCGCGCGGCGGACAAGCGCUGCGCAGCAGACGCUGCAGGCGCGACGCCGGGUACUGCAGCCACGACCUCGACUCAUUGCGACGCUGGAAAAAUAGCGAUGUUAUCAAUGAAGGCCGCCACCGCGCGCGCCGCACAGGUGCGGCGUUAGACGUAAGAACCAUUAGAAAACACAAGAACGGUCAUAAAAAACAGCUCUUUGUCGCGCUGCGUUACGUUUUAGCUUUUUACCGCAAUUAUGAGCCUCCCGCGCUGCGCCGCCCUCCGGAACAAAUUAAACAU